GCCGGUGGCUGCGGCAGCGGCAGGUCCCGGUGCGGCGGCGCCAUGAGCGGCUCGGGGCCGGGGCCGGGGCCGCGCGCGCUGCCCUCCUGGCAGCUCGAGAUCCUGGAGCGCAAGCGGGCCAAGCUGGCUGCGCAGGGCGCGGGGCCGAGGCCGGGGCCGGCGGAGCGCGCGCGGGCGGCGCCCGAGGGCGAGCGGAUGGUGCUGGCCGAGAGCCUGGGCCCGCUGCGCGACAACCCCUUCAUGCGGCUGGAGAGCGAGCGGCGCCGCCUGCGCCACGGGCCGCCCCGCACCGGCCGCCCUUCGCCCGGGCCCGGCCCCGCGGCGCGGCCGCUGCAGCAGCUGCUGGAGCUGUACAGCGCCGUGCCCGGCAUCCGCACCAUCCGCGCCGACAACAUCCUCAUCAUCGAGUCGCAGCCCGACGCCUCCGGCUGCUUCGGCGGUGGGGAGCGCGCCUGGGAGGCCCCCGCCCCCGCCUCGCCCGGCGGCCGCGACCCGCUCCGCGAGCUGCUGGCGGGGCCGGGCCCCGCCGUGGCCGAGAUCCGCGCCGCGCAGGUCUUCAUCUACGAGGCGGCGGAGGGCGCGGAGCCGCCGCCCGCCGCGCAGCCCGGCACCGUCAGCCGCCUGCUGCAGAAGUUCGACCAGCGCCCGCGGCCGAGGCGGCGCCGGGCCGGGGACCUGGCCGCGCCCGCCAGCGCCCCCGAGCCGCCCCCCAGCCCGGCGGCCCCCGAGCCGCCCCUCAGCCCGGCCACCCCUGGCUCACCCCCACCCCGCUGCUUCCUGCACAAGAUCGGCUCCAACUCCUUCACCGUGACCCCGCGCGGCCGCCCUCCGGUACUGCUCGCCAAUGGCCCCUCGGAGCCUAGCCCCCGUGCCCACGUGCCCGUGGCCAAGGUGCCCCCGGUGCCAUCGCCCAGCGCCCCCAUUGCCCGAGCCAAGAUGCAGCGGCCAAAGCCCGAGGGGGCUGAAGGGACCCAGUCCACUCGACCCUGUGCCAGCCUGGCCCCCUCCAGUGCCACCCCCGGCGCCCUCCAGCCGCUCUCUGCCUCCGCGCCCAAGGCCAGCAGCGGCUCCUUCGAGAUCCGCCCAUCUCCCAAACCGGACCUGGCCGCCAUCCCUGCCCAUGACCUCCAGGCGCAGGCCCUGGCCAACCUACGCCUCAACUCACGCAACUCUUUCCUAGUCGUGCCCUCUCGGGCAAAGGCCCCAUGUCCGCCGGCUCCUGCUGAGAGCUUGAGGACGGGCAUCCCACUGUCCUCGGAGCCUGAGCGUGGGCAGCAGGAAGAGCCCUCGCCAGCUGCCUUCGAGGCCCAGAGGGAGCCUGUCACUCCCCCAAAAGCAUCUCCAGAGCCUCUGGUGCCGGUGACUUACAUUGAUGAUGACAUUGUUGAGCCAGAGCCUGGAGACUUGGCUUCAGUGCCUGGUGCAGCUGCAGAGACUAAGGACUUACUUGUGCCUCGAGACGCUGCCUCGGGUAUGGGUACGGAGAUGGAGGUUUCUGCGGUGCCCUUCUACCAACCCCACCCUGCCUCCCCAGGCUUUGCUCAGAGAGGGGGCUACACAUUCACUGUAGUACCCAAAAGGAAGCCUCCUGUUUCUGGUCUGGCAACCUUCACUGAUGGCAGCAGAGUCCAGCAAAAUGAGGGAGUGGAGGAUGAGGAGAUUCGAGGAAGGCCCAAACCCUGCAGGAGCGCUGAUGCUUCCUCACCAGGGCCCCUGCUGAAAACACGCUACCCCAAGGCACACGAGAUUGAGGUGAUCGGUGGCUACCUGUCCUUGGAGAGGUCCUGUAUCAGCAAGAAGGGCUCCCGUCGCAAAAAGAUGAAAAUCUCUUUCAACGAGAUGAGCCUGCAGACCAUGUUCGAGUACCCCUCUGAGAGCUCCCUGGCAGAGGAAGAUGAGGAGGAGGAGGAAGAAGAAGAAUUUAGCUCAGAAAUGGAGGAUGACAAGCCUUCCUCCUUCUUCAUUCCACACCCAAACAGCACCUUGCACCCUAACGUGCCCAACCCAGGCUUGUCCAGCUAUACACCAAAGCACUCUGUGGAGUUUGGCAAGUGGCAGGAACAGAAAUAUGAGGAUCAGCCUGGUGCAAUGGGGACCGUUCCAAAGGAGGUGGAUACCCUGGGGAACCAGGUCAUGCUUACCCCAGCAGAUAGGAGUUGUCUUUCUGACUUCAGCAGCGAGCCUGCCUUGUAUUUCUGAUCACCGAACCCUGCAGCCUCCAGCCUGCAGCAGCUACAGCCGAGCAGGAAGCUUGGCAUGCCAUCCAUCCUGCUCUCUGAACGUCCUUGGAUGCACUUCCUGGGAUGGAGCGUCUCUGAAGUGCUACAGAAAUGGGCUUCCAGCUCUGCCUUAACACAAACCCUGAGCUGGAUCCUGUGCCUGAGGCACUACUGUUGUUGGACAUCUUGGAUGUUAGCAAUGGAUUCUGGGACCAGCCACCUUUUUACAGUAGCAGGCAGAACUGUUUGGUUUGUGACCUUCACGUGUUCCUUGUUCUAGAACAGCUGUCUGAUUAAAUAAGAGCAAAUCUGAAGUCUGCCAGGGGCACAGACUGAGGGUGCUCAGCUGAAUCCACUGAUGGUGGACUCAAGGAAAGAGAGUCUCAAAAGCCUCUCGUGGAGGCUCCCAUUGAAAAAUAUAUCUGCAGUUUGAGCAUUGAGGGAUCUCCAGGACCAUCUGGUGAAUCAGCCUAGAGCUUGGCAGGCCAGGUCCAGGGAAGGUGGCUGUGGUUUGAUAACUGCACUAUAAUGGGGUCCACUUCUUGUGCUCAGGAUGGGGGGCUAUCUCAGGUCCAAGUCCAAACCGAGGCACACUUUGGGGUCUGACUAGUUUCUGCUCCUGUAAAGCUGAUGAAUCAUUCAGUCAAGGCUGUGUUGGCUGGGAAGGGAUUCCCUGGGGUGGGAUGCACUAGAGGGGUGAAGGAUGAUGGGAGGGGAAAUAAAUGACUCAUCCUCUGUGGCAGAUCAGUAGGAGAAGGAAAGCUGGAGGGUCCCCAGAUUGAUGCUGGUUGCUCCCUCUGGGCAACUGGAGCUACCUGACUAGGCCUCUCUUUGAAGUAGUUCCAAUGCACUGGCAAUAGGUGUAACAAGUCCUACCUUUUGUCUCUUGAUCUGUCUCCAAUCACUAUCACUCAUGUCAUGGUUGUCCCUAUUCUGAACAUUGCUGUAGCUGGUCUUUAUCCUAGAGUUUGAUCCAGCUGGCCCAGACUUAUCCACUAGCUGCACUCCCUGCCCCAUGGCUGCCCUUGAAUUGGAGAGCUCGCUUGCUUUGGGUCAGAAUACUUGCACCUGGGCUUUCUUGCUUCAAUUUCAAGAUGCAAAAGGGCCAUUUCUCACUCCCUUCUUUAACAGCAACCUAAGCAAGGAAUAUGCUGUUUUUUCUAGGUUUUUAUAAUUCUCUUUUGUAAUUAAUGUAGCCAAUACAGAAAGGAAUCUGCUAGGUUUUCUCACUGAUCAUGGAUGUUACUAGUACUGUAGACUUGGAUCAAUACUUCACUCUGGAGAAGACUAAUGUUUUGGAAUUGUAUGUUGCUGCUCAUGUGAUUUGUACUCCAGGGAUUAAACAUGUAGCUGAAACAGAUGGCCUCUUGGGUGUUGUGAAUGGGAGAGAUACCACAUCGUGGCUGCCUCUAGAGGCUCAACCUGUCCUAUUUCUGAUUAAACCUGGUGCAUUUGUUCA